AAAGUGAUACUUGAACAAACCAAUUAUUUUGGAGUAUAUAUAUUAAACUGAAUACUAAAACACUAUUGCAUUUCUCUUAUUUAAUUGUCAAUAAAAAAAGUUUAUGUGGACUUUUUACAUUUGAAGAAAAUGAUUAUUAUAUAAUCCAUUCAAUGCAAUAAAUAUGAAGAGUUUAAUUUCUAUGAGAUUUUAUUAUGAUUUAAGUAUAAAGAAUAUAUGGCUAUACUUAUUAUGGAUUUAUUCUUGCCUACAGUUUGGAGUUCAUUGUGAAAUUAUCGAAGUUGUUCACCCACCGACAUUUAUCAAGACACCACAACCUGAAGUGUAUAUUAAUCCAGAAGAGCCCUUAAUAAUUCCAUGUUAUGCAAAAGCCAAACCAGAACCGAGAUACUAUUGGACAUUGAACGGUGAACGUGUCAACUGGAUUAAACCGUACACCUCAGUAUUGUCACGAAAUUUAGCACAUUCUAGUGAGACUACAUCACCUUUACCCUAUGAAGUAACAGAUCCGAUUUCACACUUUAAUUACUCAAACAUUCCAUAUUUACCAGAUGAAUCAGGAUUGUGGUAUUUUGGUGUGCAAAGACUGUCGAAUGAUUUGAAACCUGGCGUGUAUCAAUGCGUUGCUGUUAACUCAUACGGUAGAGCUUUAUCUGUGCCGAUGAAAUUAGAAAUAGCACGUAAGCUUAUGCAUUUAAAAUUUGUUGAUCGAUUUAUGCCAAACUUAUCAGGUGGUGUUUAUUUCAACUGUCGUCUAUUAUUUUCAUACGUUAGUAAAUAA